AUGGUGAAAGAGAUCUCCAACGCUCUGGUUGAAGCCGACGUGAACGUAAAACUCGUAAUGAACUUGCGACAGUCGAUCAAGCGAACCGUUGACUUCAAGCACCUCGCGCCGGGAGUGAACAAGAAGCGCCUCAUCCAGAAGGCUGUGUUCGAUGAACUCGUCAAAAUGGUCGAUCCGCACGCCGAACCCUUCAAGCCGCGCAAGGGAAAAUCGAACGUCAUCAUGUUUGUGGGUCUACAGGGUGCGGGAAAGACGACGACAUGUACAAAGUUGGCGAGAUGGUAUCAGGCACGAGGUUUCAAGGCCUGUUUGGUGUGCGCCGAUACUUUCCGUGCUGGUGCCUUUGACCAACUGAAGCAAAAUGCGACCAAGGCGAAGAUCCCAUACUACGGUAGCCAUACCCAGACGGACCCCGUUGUGGUAGCUGGCGAAGGUGUGGAGAAGUUCAAGAAGGAGCGCUUCGAGAUUAUCAUUGUGGAUACCUCGGGACGACACAGGCAAGAAAAGGACCUCUUCGACGAGAUGGCUGCAGAGUCGCAAGCGCGCGCAUUCAAGGAGGCCGCGGAUUUCGGAGCAAUCAUCAUCACCAAGACAGACGGUGCCGCAGCCGGAGGUGGUGCCAUAUCUGCCGUUGCAGCCACACAUACACCCAUCGUCUUCCUCGGUAAUGGCGAGCACAUGUUAGAUCUGGAGCGUUUUGCGCCACAAGCUUUCGUAUCGAAACUGCUCGGUAUGGGCGAUGUCCAAGGUCUUGUCGAGCACGUACAAUCAUUGAAACUCGAUCAGAAGGAUACGAUGAAGCAUAUCACACAAGGAAUUUUCACCAUCAAGGACCUUCGCGACCAGCUCUCCAACAUCAUGAAGAUGGGACCAUUAUCGAAGAUGGCUGGUAUGAUCCCUGGACUGGGAAGUAUGAUGGGGGGCAUGGACGAUGAAGAGGGCGGUAUGAAGCUCAAGCGCAUGAUCUACAUCUGCGAUAGCAUGACCGAGAAGGAACUAGAAUCCGAUGGCAAGAUGUUUGUCGACCAACCCACACGAAUGACGCGCAUAGCCCGUGGCUCAGGAACCUCGGUCCGCGAAGUCGAGGAACUGCUCACCCAACACCGCAUGAUGGCCGGCAUGGCGAAGAAGAUGAAGGGUGGCAUGGCAUCCAUGCAAAAAGCACAAGGCGCCAUGGGCGGAGGUAACAAGCAACAACAACUCGCAGCUAUGCAAAAGCGCAUGCAGAGCAUGGGUGGAGCCGGUGGCGGCGGCGGCAUGCCCGAUCUCGGUGCCAUGAUGAAGAUGCUCGGUGGUGGACGAGGAGGCGGUGGCGGCAUGCCGGAUAUGUCAGCACUCGCUAACAUGGGUGGCAUGGGCGGCAUGGGCGGCAUGGACAUGGGCGCGAUGAUGAAGAUGAUGGGUGGCAUGGGAGGUAUGGGUGGCGGCGCUGGUGCCGGUGGUGCUGGACAAGGAAAAGGAAGACGGUAG